UUCUGCCCUGCAGUGAAUUAUCACAGGAGCAAAUUUUGGCCAAUAUUUGCUGGCUUCAUGCCCAUGGGCAUUAUGAAGCAGGAACUCUUUUUAGGUUAAGAUUAUAACCUGAGGUUAGACAAUAUAUAAUAUGCAUAAUUUUAGAAAUUAAAAUCUCCUGAGAUUACAUUUCUUCCAGUAGCGCUUAAGGGCUAUAUUUGCACGCUCCCAUGUGUGGGGGGUCACCUCAUCUCUAAGUAAGGAACAUACAAUACUUUGCUACUUACAUUAGUCAAAAGUGAAGGGGAAAUAUUGUCCCAUUGCUUCGUAGGUGUUGCCCAAAGUAUAUAAACUUUAAAAUCUCCAAGACAAAUUGAAAUAAUCCUGUAUUAUGCCUUGUUAGGAUGAGAGAAGUUUCCCUCUCGGCUGCUCCUAAUUUUUUAAAUCAUACUUAGCACAGCAACUUUUCACCUUUCUUAAAAAUCAAACUCCGCUCAUCUCAAUUCUUGGAUAGUAGCCAUGAAUCUGUACAUUAAAGAAGGAACGCAUUUGAAUUGCUGAAUCUACUUUACUAUACCGAGAAGCCCAAUGACCUAACAGACUAGAAUAGACAAUAACCUUUCUUAAGUAAAUAUUUUAAGAGACAAUAGCAUAGGUGCCUUAGAAAUUCUUUCAGUGCCUUAGAAACCCAUAUUAACACAGUUCUCACAUGCUUGAGUCUAGUCUGCAACUAUUUUUUUAAGCCAAAUCUCUUCCAGACAGACGAAAAUCCUAACAUUCUCUAACAGAAAGAAAGAUACAGAAGCACCCUUGACUGACCACUGUGAUCGCAAGGCAGCGAGUUCUCGCGCGACGUUAAGAUGCUACCGCCCUGACGUCACCGGUUGCUAUGGUAGCAUCCUCCCUAGAGGUAAAGAGAGGUGGUGCGAGGGGCGGAGCGCGGCUUCUGCGGAGGACAAGGGACGCUCUCCUGCCAUAGGACUGACUGCUCCCAAAAUGAGCGGGCUGGAUGAGGGCAACAACCUCCCUGUCGCUAAAACCUGCGAUCUUGCUACUCCCAACCAUGCCCCGGGACAUCCGGACCGAAACCAGUGCCAGGGCGAGGAAACCGAGGCAACACAGGUGAUGGCGGACACAGGUGAGGGCGGCUUGGAGCCCGCCGCGGAGGGAGGCGCACUCCAGGACUCCGUGGGCUACGGCCCCCCGCUCCGCAUUCGAGUGGCCGGGCGUCGCGGCCGUGCAGCGACCCAAGUGGGCCAGAAAGAGACCCCGCCUGCCACAGAGAGCCUGGAAGGAGCCUCUGCCUCGGUAGCAAUCGACAAUAGCCAGGAAAAUGGCUGUCAGCGUAGAGAGCCACGCAGCCCCGCUGGGGAGAAAGCGCUAGAAACCUGUGGCGCGGGGGGUUCGGGGUCUCAGAUGAUGUUCGGGGCGAAGGCCAAGGAAAUGACGACGAAAAAGUACGCCGUUUCAGCAGCAACGGAAAAGGAAGGAGGAGCAGAGGAAGUGGUGGAGGAAAAGAAGGUGAUACAGAAGGAAAAAAAGGUGGUAGGAGGAGUGAAAGAGGAGACCCGGGCCAGGGCCCCGAAGAUCAGUAACUGCAUGGACUCGCUGGAGGCCAUCGAUCAGGAGCUGUCAAACGUAAAUGCCCAGGCUGACAGGGCCUUCCUUCAGCUGGAGCGCAAGUUUGGCCGCAUGCGAAGGCUCCAUAUGCAGCGCAGAAGUUUCAUUAUCCAAAAUAUCCCAGGUUUCUGGGUCACUGCCUUUCGGAACCACCCCCAGCUGUCGCCUAUGAUCAGUGGCCAAGAUGAAGACAUGAUGAGGUACAUGAUCAAUUUGGAGGUGGAGGAGCUUAAACACCCCAGAGCAGGCUGCAAAUUCAAGUUCAUCUUUCAGAGCAACCCCUACUUCCGAAAUGAGGGGCUGGUUAAGGAAUAUGAGCGCAGAUCCUCUGGCCGGGUGGUGUCUCUCUCCACUCCAAUCCGCUGGCACCGGGGCCAGGAUCCUCAGUCCCAUAUCCACAGGAACCGGGAGGGGAACACUAUCCCCAGUUUCUUCAAUUGGUUUUCAGACCACAGCCUCCUAGAAUUCGACAGGAUUGCUGAGAUUAUCAAAGCAGAACUGUGGCCCAAUCCCCUACAGUACUACCUGAUGGGUGAAGGGCCCCGCAGAGGAAUUCGAGACCCAGCAAGGCAGCCAGUGGAGAGCCCCAGGUCUUUCAGGUUCCAGUCUGGCUAACUGCUGCCUAUGGGAGAAUCUUUCGCACAAGUUUCCUUACCACCUCCUCUUGGACCUGUGCUUAGCCAGCAGUAUGCAGUCGUCUGUCUGCUUUCUCUCCACCCUGGAUUGCUUUGUUCUUUGGUUCUUCUAAGUCUUCAACAACCACUUGCAGGAGUGUCGCUUAUAUGCCUCUUUUCUUCUUCCUCUGGACAUUCAUGCUGUUCUGCAUCGUGUUACCUGUUCCAAGUGCAUGGCCUUCCACUGCUUCUAUGCCAAGCACAUGAUGCUGUAGAUAUGCACUGCCUUCCUUUGCAUGCCUUGGGCCCUGUCUGUGACCAUGGUCUUCUCCCAGUUAUUUAAGUGAUUAUCUACCACAAAGAAGCUUGAUAUAUCUUUGCAAAUAACUAGUUGGGCUUCAUACUUUAUGCUGGCUGUCCUCAUACCAAUGUGCUCUGUGGCAAGCUCUUUGAGUUUCACUGCUACAAGAUGAAGCUGAUAUAAAUGAUGCCAGCCAUCAAUCCAAACUGGACAUUCCAGGCUACCACUGGUUCUCAGCUGCCUUCCUGGGCUGGUGCCAUCUACCCUGCUGGUUAUCUGGCAGAAUAAGCAGGUGGCUGGUGGGUGGCUACUAGGCAUGAAUGAGGUAACAGAUGAGAGGUGUUCUGUGUUAUCACAUUGGUCUUCGUAUGUCUUUGGUCACUGCAUUGUGACAAGGUACUGGUGAGUAUGAAGGCCUGUGCUAUGGCCCACCCACACCUGCUCUCAGCCUUCUGGAUGAGCUUUGCCCAGGUACCCUGCCUGCCUCCUCAGGCAAUAUCUGCGGACUUAAGUUCCCAGGCAGCACACAGGAACCGACCCCACUCCCCACCCUUCAAAUGGUUACCCAUAAACCCAGUUGACUGUCAGGCAGGUUGGACAGUCAUAUGUGACAGUGCUCACAACAAAGCUGGUGUGGGGGUCCCUUCUAGCAGUUGGCCUUUCUGAGUCCUAGCCAACAAACCUCCCUUGAUCUAGGCAACUUUGUUGGGCAGCCCCCUCCUGCUUCCAUUCUGAGCAUGACAAAGUUGCCAGGGUGGGGGCACCAAGGAAGAGGUAUUUCUGGUCUUUGGGGCCUGUUACGGUGUCUGUCUAUGUCUGUUUCUCUCCCCUCCCCCUCCCUCAAUCCUUCCCCACUUCUCUUUCCCUCCCUCCUCCUCUCUGAAGCAGUUACAGCUCAGAAACAGAAAACAAAGCUGGCAAAGCAGGCUUUUUAUUUAAUUUGUUCUCUCCUUGAUUGUGUCCAGAGGGAGAAAGCCACUGUACGAUAGAGUCCAGAUCUCUGACUGCCCUCCUGCCUCCACCCCACUUCCUUUAGCAAGGUCUGAACGUUUCGGAGGGGGAUGUAUAGGUUAAUUGCUUAGUUAUGGGCACUGGUUUUUUGGGGCCAACUUUGACAGCUCCGCGCUUUUCUCCUAUCCAUUCACCAAAACUUUCUCUGUGUUUCUUGAGCUUUAGUUUGAGAAGCUGGAAGUAGAGGCAGAAGGACCUCACAGUGAUGGAUUCAAGAUAGACCCAGAGCAAGCUGUGAUCUAAAGCAACCAAAACUUAGUUUCACUCUACUUUUCUAAACAUGGAGAUUCUUUUUUGAGCCUUGGAUCCCUUAGAAAUAACCCCAAAGCAGCAUUUUGAGGGUCACCCCUGACCUUUGUACCAUUCUCUUACUGCCCUGAUGUCCCAGGGGCUUCCAUCCUCCUGCCUGGCCUUCCUGGCUUUCAGUCUUCACCUUCCCCAUUUCCUUCCCUGCUUGUGUCCUAACAAAUGAGGGAGCAGGCUGCAGUCUGCAUUGUGGGAGACAGAGCCUCCCUUUUAGGAGGUAAGGGCGUGUGUAGAGUCUGUCUGGAUUUCCAGGAUGAGUGCCAGUAGGUGGGACAGCGGUGCUGUCAGAGCUCUUACUUAUGGAGGUGUAUGGUAGUUGUGACUAUCUGCCCUUAUCCUUUCUCCUUCCUUUUUGAAGGCCUAAGCUCCCCGAGGGCUUGGGAGGUCUGAACACAGAGCAGUGGAGAGGGUGCCCUAGGCUGGGGAAACUGAGAGCCCAGAAAGGGAAAUGAGCCCCCUGUGGAGUGGGCCUGGAAAGGCAGGCAGGAAAGACUGGAACCCUGCAGGGUCGUGGGUGGGAGGGGAGGCCCCGGAGGCUUUUCCCAGGAGAGGUGAGAGAAUCAAAGUGCUUGAUGGUUAAAGAGGGUGCCUGGAGGAGUUAGGUUUUCCUCCAGUUUUUCCCUAACUCCUUGCGUUCACCAGUAGGUUUUUGUAAACGAAAGUGCAGGUCUGGAUGUUUUCUUUCUGUUAUUCUAGGCGUGACAUUUUAUAUGUGAAGAUUAAUGGUAUAUGUCCUUAUUUCACUGUGUUUGAGUAAAAUCCUUUUAAUUCCUUUCUCCUUUGCUUACUAGCAAAAUUUCCAUUUACAAAGCAGGACAUUUACAGCCCUGCUUUUUGCUUGUAAUUGAGAAUGUGUGCAAAAAUAGCAAACUUGUUUCCUGUGCAGUAUGAAGACUUCUGUGAAUAUUCAAUAAUGUACAAGAUUGUUCUGGUCUCUCUUCAUAUAUAGCUCUAUUCUUAGAAAUAUAAUUUGAAUGUGAUCUUUGAAAUUUUACAAAUUGUUGCUGUCUUGUGAAAGAAAUCUUAAAAAGAAAAACGUAACUCUGUUGUUUUACUUGGUAUUUCUUGCCCUAGUAGUAAUGUUAUACUUGACAUUUUAUGUUCCUAACCAGUAUAAGUACUUGUAGAAUUGCUCUGUCAAUCUAAACAAGGAUUGUUAGUACUUUAGUCUUCUCUGUGCUUGGAGGAAAAAUAAAAUCUGUCAAUCUGCUGUAUUUCUUGUUUUCACCAAAAAAUAAAAAUAAAGUUCUGUCUAUGUUGCCUAGGCUAAUAAAAGGUUGAAAAAUCAUUAAAG